AGCUGCACUUAUGGAGAAGGCUGUCAGUGUGUGCUUGUGCUUGCUAGGACUGACUUCCAGACAGGUAGCUAGUUCAGCUGUGGCUUCAAACACUCCCUCCUCCCCUUUCGUUAUCCUAUGGCCCUAAUCAUUCUACACACAGGAAUGAUCGGCAUCCCUCUGUUAACAUCGCUGGCAUGCUACUUUAUUUAUGAAAGUCAGGGCGAGAUACAGGAAGAGCACUUAUGAGUGGGAGAGAGGCGGAGGGAGGCUUGGCUGGCUUAAGUUACAACGCUCUGCUGAAUUGUGGAGGCUGAGAGAGAUUUUUUCCCCUCACACUUUCUUCUUUGGGGACUGUAUGAUCAUUAGAGAAAGAACCUAGAAAGGCAGAGUGAGCAUGGGACAGACGGUGGAUUCGGAGUCAGCCACUGAAGAUCCAGAUUCCAGCUACGAUGAUGAGCUCGACCACCAUCAGCCAUCGCCAGAGCCCGUGGGGAGUGAAGGGGACGGGGCGGGGGACAGCACCCCGCCCACCAAGCGCAAGGGCAAGUUCUCCAGCUUCGGAAAGAUAUUUAAACCUUGGAAGUGGAGGAAAAAGAAAAGCAGCGACAAGUUUAAGGAAACUUCAGAAGUUCUGGAAAGAAAGAUCUCGAUGAGGAAGCCCAGAGAGGAGCUGAUCAAACAGGGUGUGCUGAAGGAGCUCCCAGAGAGUGAGAGGGAGGACCACAACUCCAACCCCCCCACUCUAAAAAAUGGCCACACAGUGCCUGUUGGAGUGUCCAGGAGCUCCGCGUUGGAGGCAGAGAAGAGGGCGACCCUUACAAAGCCUCCCCACGAGGACAGCAGGAAGAGUCACGCCUCCUCCGAGGCAGAGAAGCGCACCACCCUCACCAAACCGCCCUCCUCCUCAGAAGGGAGGCGCAGCAAACCCCCCUCCGAGGUGGAGAAGCACUCCAGCUUCCAGAAGCCUCUGCCUGUGGAGGAAGGCAGGAGGAGCCGGCAAGCCUCAGAGGGGGAGAAGGGGACCAGUCUGCAAAAGUUUCCCUCUGUGGAGGAAGGCAGGAGGAGCCGGCCAGCCUCAGAGGUGGAGAAGGGGACCAGUCUGCAGAAGUUUCCCUCUGCGGAGGAAGGCAGGAGGAGCCGGCCAGCCUCGGAGGUGGAGAAGGGGGCCAGUCUGCAGAAGUUUCCCUCUGCGGAGGAAGGCAGGAGGAGUCGGUUACCCUCCGACGGGGACAAGAGGUCGAGCCUUGCCAAGCCUCCUCAGGCUGAGGAAGGGAGGAGUCGAGACCCGAACGUGAGCCGUCCUGCCUCAGAGGUGGAGUCGAAGCGAGACGCGCUGCGAGAGCCACCGCCCACCAAGCAGCAGCUGCUCCCUCCCAAGUGGCUGGUGGUUUCAUCCUCCUCCUCGCACCAUGAGGCUGGGGGGGAAGGGCAGGUGAAGGAGCCUGGAGCUGCCAGGAAUGGCAUCCCAUCCAACCCUGGCACCAGCAGCAAAGCCACACGGACUGCUUCCUCUGCUAACACUAACCCUGCAGCUGCCCCCAGCUCUUCUACACCUGCCAAGCAACCCCCUGUCCCCCCGCCCAAGCCUGCUAACCGGAACAGCAACCCAGCACUGCUAGAAAAAAACAAGACAGCCUUUAGUUACUCAGCAACUGUUUGGAACAGUCCUCCAGGGGGCAUUAGAACGUCCCCCAAGCAUAGGGUGUUUCAAGCUUCCACAUUGCACAAGGGCAAUAAAUAUUCCUCCCCCCUGUACUGCUCGUGCUGGAAACGAGAGGGUGAAUUCGAUGUCUACCUGUCCCUGCCUCUGUGUCUCUACAGACGCGCCAGACGGCCCAAUACAGCUGAGCUGUCGCAGGCAGUGGGCGGCGGGACUCUAGUGCCAGCAAAGCCCUCGCCUCCGCUGCCCCCGAAGAGGACUACCCCCAUCGCCAAGCCCAGUGCCCAGGAGCCCCCGAGCACAGCUCCCCCUGCCAUACAGCCUACAGAGGAGACCAGUGUCCCUGACCCAGCACUACCUACCCACAUCCCCCCCUCCCCGCCUCGACCUCACCCGAGCAAGCCUGACCCCCCUGACACUGCUCCGCGGCAGGCACAGGUCCCGCUUCACAUCAUGAUCCAGCGUGCCCUGACCAGCCCCGGCCCUGCCACCCCCAACCCUGAGGGCUCCCAGCGUGCCCACUCCCUGCUGUUUGACACCAGCCUGGAGAGCCAGAGUGAGCAGGGGGGCCGGGCCAAGUCUCUGCCCGUCACCAUCGAGCUGCUCAAAGUUCCUGACGAUGAGGAGGAGGAGGAGGAGGAGGAGGAGUUGCCUCCGGAGCUGCAGGCUGGGAGUCGGCGUGUGUAUCUGGGAGAUCGUCUCUCAGUCAGUGUGAUCCCUGAGGUGGGGGGGGCGGGCAGCAGCUGUGAGGAGGAGGAGGAGGAGGAGGAGCAGAGUGACUCGGACUGCGACGGGCCCGUGCUCUACAAAGAGGAGGAGGAGGAGGAGGAGGACGACGACGACGACGAGGAGGACGAGAGCUGCAACAGUUCCCUGGCAAACAAGGUGAAGCGCAAAGACACAAUGGCUCUGAAGCUGAACCAACGGCACCAGCAGGAGCUGAAUCCGGGGGACAGGGACAGCAUUCCAGAGCACAGCAGGGAGCAGUGGGAGGCCUUCCGCACACAGAUAGGGACAGCACUUACACGACGGCUGAGUCAGAGGCCGACUGCUGAAGAACUGGAGCAGCGGAACAUCCUGCAGCCAAGAAAUGAAGCUGAUCGACAGGCAGAAAGACGAGAAAUCAAGCGGAGGCUCACAAGAAAGCUGAGUCAGAGGCCCACAGUAGCAGAGCUGCUGGAGAGGAAGAUCUUGCGUUUUCACGAGUACGUGGAGUGCACCAAUGCACACGACUAUGACCGCAGGGCUGACAAGCCGUGGACGAAGCUCACUCCAGCUGAUAAAGCUGCAAUCCGAAAGGAGCUCAAUGAAUUCAAAAGCUCAGAAAUGGAAGUUCAUGAGAAAAGUAGGAUAUAUACAAGGUUUCAUCGGCCUUAGCAUCCCCGAUAUUGGGAAUCCAGCACUUACUGUUCAAGUCCUGCAAGGGAUCGCAGAGACUUUGUGCUCCCUAGGGGACUGCCGCUCUGAAUGUACUUCAUCAGGAAUCCUGGGACGAUGAUGAUAAUAAUAAUAAUAAUAAUAAUAAUAAUAAUAAUAAUAGUAAGAAGAAGAAGGAGAAGAAAAGAAGAGAGUAGUAAUAGAAAGAAGAUGCAGUAUUUCACCCAGGAACUGGGGGACUGUGUGCCAAGGCAGUGGAAGGAGAGGGAAGGUUUGAAUUCAAGACGUCUCUCUGCUCGGUGAUCCUGCAUUCCUCCUGGAGAAACUGGCCUCAACGCGCUGCCUUCUUCCUCAGAAAUGAUGCCUGUUUGCCUCUACUAUGUACAGAACAUUAGAUUUUUUUUAUUGUAUUGUUUUAUCUUUUUUUCUAUUUGGAAUGAUCAGGGGGAAAAAAUCUAACAAAAUGGACCUUAAUGUCUCAUAACAGUGCACUGGGAACGCUUGUAUAUAAACUGCUGUAGUGUUUCAUAGCAGGAUAACCUAUGGAAAAUAGUAAUAAUAAUGUUGCAAAUAUUCCUAUUGCACAAACAUUAGUUUUAGUAAGACCCAUCUCUAAUUUGGGGGUAGGUUUUUUUCCGUCACUACUGGCCAACAGUUGAGAAUUUUAGGUGGAUUAAUAAAGGCUUCCGCCACAGCACAAAGCUUCUACAGAGCAACUGGUUGUCUUUCUUUAAGCUGAACAGCUGGAUUCUUUCUUUAUGCUGUACAGCUGGAUUCUUUAUGCUGUACAGCUGGAUUCUUUCUUUAUGAUGUACAGCUGGAUUCUUUCUGAUGUACAGCUGGAUUAUUUUUUUAUGCUGUACAGCUGGAUUCUUUAUGCUGUACAGCUGGAUUCUUUCUGAUGUACAGCUGGAUUCUUUCUUUAUGAUGUACAGCUGGAUUCUUUCUGCUGUACAGCUGGAUUCCUUCUGAUGUACAGCUGGAUUCUUUCUUUAUGAUGUACAGCUGGAUUCUUUAUGCUGUACAGCUGGAUUCUUUUUUUAUGCUGUACAGCUGGAUUCUUUAUGCUGUACAGCUGGAUUCUUUCUGAUGUACAGCUGGAUUCUUUCUGAUGUACAGCUGGAUUAUUUCUUUAUGAUGUACAGCUGGAUUCUUUCUGCUGUACAGCUGGAUUCUUUCUGCUGUACAGCUGGAUUCUUUAUGAUGUACAGCUGGAUUCUUUAUGCUGUACAGCUGGAUUAUUUAUGCUGUACAUCUGGAUUCUUUCUUUAUGCUGUACAGCUGGAUUCUUUAUGCUGUACAGCUGGAUUCUUCUUCCAGUCUUAAUUGUAGUCCUCAACUAUCAGCUGAGGGGAAACUAACUAAUCACAUGAUUAGUGAGAUAACAGCUUUUUAAAUGAUCCCACACAACUACACCCCAAGAAACUCACCCCUGUAUCAUUGGAAGAAGACAGCUCCUUAAAUACACAUAAACAAACUAUUUAGUAGACUGACAUUCAUGGUACAGACACACAACACCUAUAACCCACCGAGAUUGACAGGGAGAACCAUUUCAGCAGGAACUUUUGUUUUGUUCGUUUUGUUUCCUUUAGUUUCUGUUUGGCCAGUAGGAAGUCGAUUCCUCAUCCUUUGCUGUAUAGAAUUGUGUUUCUGCACAUGGAAUUGAUCGCGCUGUAUAUCUUGUCUUCCUAUCUUAUACAAAAAAUGAAAACAAUUUUAAAUAUAUUUAAAAAAAAGUAUUAUAGGGAUUUUUUUUAAGCACAAACUAUCUGAAAAUGAAUUAGACACUACUACUACAACUGGUAGCAAAUGUGUGCCUGCUCUGUGUUUUAUCUCAUGGAUGUGUCUUUUUUUUAAGAAAUAUGCUACAGAAUUUUAGCAACACCUCUUGGAAAUGUAAAAGCUAUUGCAGAAUUUAAUUAAAAGCUUAUUAAAAUACAA